AAGCGAGUGCGUGCAGGGACACCACAGAGUUGGUGUUGAGUUCGCUGAGGCAGGGUCGCAUUCAUCGGACGAUAGUCUAACCAGUUCCCUUCGUAUAUACAAGGAUAGACAAGAGAGCGGCUCCAAGUCCAGCCAUGACGUUCUUGGAGUUGGUCGCCGUCUUCGGCUUUAUUUGCCUGGCGGUCACCAGGGAUGCCGAAGGGGCAGGUGGUGCCCACCGGCAUCGGCAGCCGUGCGGAGUCAACGAGGAGUUCAAGGAGUGCCAGAGCAGCAGCUGCGCCGAAUGGCGCUGCGGGGAAGUGCGCGGCAGCCUGAGGCCCUGCACGGCCGACUGCCAGAACGCCUGCUUCUGCGCUGGGGAGCACUACCGGCAUCCGAACGGCACCUGUGUCCCACACGAACAGUGCCGUGCUUCGGCGGUGAAUGAGACGGAAGGAACCCGUGGUAAGAGAGAAACCCCCGCCGCCACCGCCGCCAGGACAGCCGCCACCGCAGCAGAAGAAGCACGCAGGGCAGCCGCCAGCGCCGCAGAAGAAGCACGCAGGGCAGCCGCCAACGCCUCAGAAGAAGCACGCAGGGCAGCCGCCAACGCCGCAGAAACAGCACGCAGGGCAGCCGCCAACGCCGCAGAUGCGGCACGCAGGACAGGUUAA